CCCCAUUCCCUCAGAUACUGUGGUGAUUAGACAUUUCAUAGGAGGAGUUUAUGGAUACCUUUAAAAUCCUAAGUCUCCCUGCUUGCCAGAUCAUUUCUUCUCAGCAUCCUGCCCAGCAAAGAAGCAACUUGUGAUCAGAAUGAUACCCGGAGGCUUGACGGAGGCCAGACCUGCCACAGCAGAAGUCCAGGAGAUUGCUGACCGGGUCAAAGCACAGCUCGAAGAGGAAACCAAUGAGAAAUAUGAAAUAUUCAAAGCCGUUGAGUAUAAAACUCAAGUUGUCGCUGGAGUCAAUUACUUCAUUAAGAUGGAUGUAGGGGGUGGUUGUUUCACCCACAUAAAAGUCUUCAAGGAUCUUUCUGGAAAGAAUAAUUUGGAACUUACUGGUUACCAGACUAACAAAACCGAGGAUGAUGAGCUGACCUACUUCUAAGCAGCAAAUUCUAAAGUGACCUGAUUCCUCUCAUUGUAAACUGAUUCGGCCAUCAAUAAAGAAAUAUUCUCCAAAUAACUGUUUACUUCCCUUGUUUCUCAGUAUUGUGUCAACCUUUACUUUGUAAACAAUUGUUUUUAAACACGGAUUGUUUCUUGAAUUUGUACCCUCCUUGGGCAAGGGUAAUCUCUGUAUCAUUCCAAUUUUUAAUAUACAUGCUGCCAAAGAGGGCAUAGUGUUCAUGGUUCAGAGUAGAAGCUCCACAAUAAGUGAUUCCAUCUAGAAACCUUAUAAAGACUACGGCUCAGUUGCAACUGCAUAAAGGAUCUUAUCAUCCCUUCCUCACUGCAGGUGCACUGGUGGUUGUCAGGGAAGCUCACUCCUUGGUCCCUUCGGUUGCCCAGAACCCAGCAUGUCAACUCUGCCUUCAUAUUUGAAAAUUAAAUUUGUAUUUUACAAGUCAUGUUUUAAAACAAUCAUAAUGUUUAAAGAAGCUGCCCUCUCCCUUUCCCCCAUGCUUCCACUGCACUUGAGAGUCAGUUGCAGUGAUUUUCCAUCACCAACAAAGGCUUUCUGGUACUCAGUAGUGCAAAUAUUUGUGUGAGCUUCCCACGAGACCCUUCUCCUGCACAGCCAAAAACCAACAAUCGAGACCAGGAAAUGUACAUUGAUGACGCACUGACAUCUAGUCUCCAGGUGCCACUCAAGCCUCUCAAAUUGUUAUAAUAAUGUAAUUUUUGAUAAAAUGUAGUAAAAAAAAUAGUUUUAAAAUCACAGCAUGGUCUUUCUUCCCACGAGUUAGGUUUUCAAAUGAAACACACAUCCUAUGUAUUUUAAUAUGCCUUAGGCAGCAUUAUAGCUGGCAACUAUCUACCCUCCAUAACCCAAGUUAUUACUUAGUUUCAUCAGUACUGCCCAUAAGACAGCCCUAUGGGCCAUGUUCUCUUGGCCUCUAGCCCAUGACAUCUCUCUCUCCUCCUGUUCCUUCCUCGUGGUCUCUAGCCUGGGGAAACCUAAACCCCACCGAUGUCUCUUCUCCACAACUAUUGGCUGCUGGCAUCUUUAUUUACCAAAUAUAAUUAAGUGGGGGCAGGGUCCCUUAGGGUAUGUGCAGACUCCAAAUCUUGGAGGUCAGCAUUACAAUAAACAGUAAAAGACAAAACCUCAACAAUUCCCCCUUUUAGUCCAGGAGGGAUUUGCACUAGUGAGUACCAGGAUUCUAAUAAAAGGCUCUUUUCUCUUAGAUAUAAUUUGAACACAAUUAUAACAAUUAUGUAAAUUAUAAGGUAUGAUAUACACUUAUAACAUCCAGUCCAUCAUAUUUGACAAUUUAGGUAAAGUAUUCUGUGAUUUAUCCUAACUUAAAGACUUUAGAAUUCUGCACCUAAAAAAUGUUUGAUUUUUAACUUUUAUUACCAUUACAAAACCAUCUUUUCAAGUCUAGAACAUUUUCUUUAACGUUAAGCAACUUAAGUUCAGUUGUGAGAUCAUAAUUAGUAUAUUCUUCCCUGUCAGAGAUUUGAGAAGGAAGUAAAUAUUGCUUGAAUAUGUAGGAAGCACAAAGACACAGCUUCCAAAACUUAAACAACUGGCAGAGACAGCUGACUGCCCGGACAACCCCCAAUAUUUCUUAUAAAGUUGGAGCAUCUGUGUUCAGCCUUCUGGCCCAGAGAAUCUGAGAGACCUUAAGUGAAGUGGAAAUUAUGAAGAACUAGUUUAUUUUAUCUUGGCAGAGCAUAGCAGUUAACUAUCCUGUGUUUGUUUGUCCUUUUUGGAUGGUGUUCUGUCUGUAGAUGAAAUUGGGGCAUUUCUUGUCCAAUGGCUAGCUUGUCACAUUUGAGGCAACCCCAUAUGUAGGUAGUGAUGUUCAUUUCCUUCCUUGAAAUGGAUGGGAGUACUGUCAGGAGCAGACAUGUCUCAUAGUCAAAAGAUCUAUUAUUUAUGAAGUAACAUUAAAUGUUAUAGUUUGUUGCUUUUGAAGACCAUCUAUCUACAUAUAGCAUAACUGAAUUGUUAAGCAUUAUUGUUUCUAGCUAUUUACUACUUGAGUAACCUUGAUAAUACUUUAUUGUAAAUAACUACAUUAGAGUCUAACAUGAUCAUGAGUUUGACUGACUAUUAACCUGUAUUACUUAAUCAUUUUAAACAUUUUGUAAUAGCAGCUGUUAAAAAGGACUGGGUCUAAGCCUUGUAUUCUUAAAUGAGCUGCAUAGGCACUGUGCCUAUCUAAGAGUAACAAAAUUAAUUUAAAAUUUUGUAUCAGUGCAUAAAGAUUUAUACCAAUAAAAACCUUAAACU